AUGCUGUCCGGGAGGGAGUUCUGGAAUCCCACGGAUCCGACGACUGCCAAGACAAUGGCCGCUCCCAUCUGCGAACCUACGACGAAUACCACCUCCUUCUUACAAACAUAUUCUUCCGCUUUCCGACGCGCGAAAAGCGACCUGGACGCACCCCCUAUCGCGGCGCUUGCACUUGCUGGAGUACGUUCUCCUCCGAAGGCCAUUCCAGGGGACUUGCUGGUGACAGAGACGAGGAGUGACGCGGAAGGCCGGACGAAUCACCGCCCCGUCUCCGACUGCAAUCUUGCAGGACACCACGAGGCGAGCUAAACGCUGUUCUUACGAACUUGUCUGCUUAACGCUUAGAUUUUAGCAACCAACUUGCCCAUUACUUGGAACAGCCGCAGGCUCCUGACGACGACGCCACCAAUGAAACACAGUGGUGUCAACUGCAGAGCACCUUCUGCUCCAACGCCCAGGAUGGUCUCGGCCGCACUCGUCGCCAACACCAGGACUGCUUUGACGACAGCGAGGCGAAAUCAGCGGCCGAUUCGCCGAGAAGAACUUGCAUCGACCGCCUGAAAGAGGCAAACAGAUCGUCGCUGUCCACCACCCCUACCAUCACUGUUACAACCCCGCGGCGAUGA